CAUGAUGAAGUGGGCCGUUGUCCUCUGUGCCCUGGUGGCUCUCUCCGAGUGUAUGCAGAAGAUCCCUUUGAUUAAAGGGAAAUCUGCAAGACAGGCUCUGGAAGAGAAAGGCCUGUGGGAGGAGUACAGGAAGAGACACCCCUACAACCCAAGUGCCAAGUUUAACCCUGAUUUUGCCACAGUAGCAAAUGAGCCCAUGACCAACGAUGCUGAUCUCGUCUACACUGGGAUCAUCUCCAUUGGAAAUCCCCCCCAGUCCUUCAAGGUGCAGUUUGACACCGGCUCUGCCAACCUGUGGGUGCCCUCGGUCUACUGCAGCAGCGCCGCCUGCGGGAACCACGACAGAUUCAACCCUGCUCGGUCUUCCACCUUCCGUUACACUUCCCAGACCCUCUCUAUCAGUUAUGGAACUGGCAGCAUGACUGGUUUCCUCGGAUACGACACUGUCACUGUUGCUGGCAUUGCAAUCAGAAACCAGAUUUUUGGUCUGAGCCAGACUGAAGCAGACUUUGAGUACUACAUGCCAUAUGAUGGCAUCCUGGGUAUGGCCUUCCCCUCCAUCUCAGCCUCUGGUGCCACCCCCGUCUUCGACAACAUGAUGAAACAGGGCCUGGUCUCCCAGGAUGUCUUCUCUUUUUACCUGAGCCGCAAUGGCCAGACUGGCAGUGUUCUGACCCUUGGUGGAGUAGACCCAUCCUACUACACUGGCCAGAUCUACUGGAUCCCUCUGUCCUCCAAGACCUACUGGCAGAUCACCAUGGAAAAGGUUACCAUCAAUGGCAACCUUGUGGCCUGUGCUGGUGGCUGCCAGGCUAUUGUGGACAGUGGCACCUCCUUGGUCAUUGGUCCAUCUAGCGACAUCAACAACAUCAACGCCUGGGUGGGAACCUCAGGGAGCCAGAAUGGAGAAGCUAUUGUGAACUGCAACAAUAUUGGAAGCAUGCCUGCGGUGACCUUCACCAUCAAUGGACACGACUUCACCCUGCCGUCCUCUGCUUAUGUCAUGCAGGUCAGUAGAGGAAAUGGCUGCACUUCCGGCUUCUACAGUGGAAACAACCAGCUCUGGAUCCUGGGUGAUGUGUUCAUGAGGGAGUACUACUCUAUCUUUAACAGGGCCUACAACAUGGUGGGUCUGGCUCGGGCUGUCUAGUCUGGCCUUGUCUUGAGGGAGCAGAUCCA